UGAAUAUAAUAGUGACAAUAAUUUAAAUGAUUAUGUGUCUACGGAUAAUCUAAAAGAUAAUGAUAUACUUGAAAAUGAUUUGGAAAAUGACAAUAACUAUGAGCAUCAACCAAUAUUUGCACAAUUUGGUCGCAAUUUAACUGUCGAUCAAGUCGAAUAUUACUUUGAGUUUCAAAAAUAUCCUAAAACUUCCGAAACUGGUGUCGCUAGUAUAUACAAUAUUUUUGGUUGGAAACCAGAUAAUGCUAAAAAUGCUUUUAAAAUUUCUAAUAUCCAAUAUGCUUAUGGCGAUUCUGGAACUAUUCGAUUAAUUCAGAAAUGUCUAUUUUUAGGUAUACCUGUUAAAAAAACUUACUGCUCAUGCCUUGGUGUAAAAGUAUGCAAAUUUGGCUCAGCAACUCUUAAUAUUGAACAUACAUUGGUUAAUUUUGAAGAUCAACUUUAUAAAAACAUCUUUGAUGCAAAUGAAUUUUCGGUUGAUACAUUUACUUUUAA